CAACUGGAUUUUUAUUACCGCACUUUUUCAAUUUAAAUUUGUCCAAGAAUCUUCUGUUUUAUCGUCAACUUUUUACGUGUAAUCUGUUCCCGGGUACUUUUUGUUUGCCAUUCGCGACGUGGCUUCGGUGUCAAUUAUUCGGUUUUUCGCAAAUUAAGGUGCAAAAGUGUCGUUGGAAAAAUUACGUAUACAUUCAUCUAACAUAUUUAUCCUCUACAAUAUCUACACAAAUACACACACACGAAAAAAUAUUACAACAAAAAAAAAAUCACUCGAAUCGUACAGAAAAAGUGUAUAAAGUCAUUGGAAAUACAUGUGAAUGUCUGUAGCACUGAAUCAUAAUAAAAAUAUAAAAAAAUGGUCUUUUAUCUGAGUUAAAUUGGAAACCGCAUUUCAUACGCGACAGAAUCACUGAGUCGGAGACAUUGAGAAAAAAAAUAUUGGAACAGCAAAAAAUAAAAAUUUUAUAAUUUUGACUGAUAAGACACAAAAAUAAUAAAAAUCAGUGUUUGCAUAAUCUGUUCAGAACGACACACAAAAAAAAACGACAAAUAAUUGACGUAUUCAAUUUUUUUGUUUGUUUGACACCAAAAAAAAUUUUUGCAAUAUUUGACGAGCGACGAGUCAUCGCGCCACAGUGAUUCCUUUGAAAACAUUCAGUGAUAGUAGCAACAAUAAUAGUAAUUCUAAUAUUAUGGAUUCGACAAUAACUCCAAUAAAUUCCGUGGGUUCGAUCGAAAAUUCGACGAGCAAAGUUUCCUUCUUGUCGGAUCAGCCGGUUCACGAUCCCGGACCAUCGCAUGGCGUCAAGGACAAACCGACAUCGAGUGCACUCAAGAAAACCAGUCGAUAUCGAAGUCGUUCGUUAUCAGCUUCGUCCACGGAUUCCUACAGUUCAGCGUCAUACACGGGCAGCAGUUCGGAGGAAGACGAUGUCUCGCCCCGCGAAAAAAUCCAAAAGAACACAAAGGGAUUUUCGGAUUUUUGUGUACGGAAUAUAAAUCAACAUGCAUUUGGCCGUCGCGAAAUUGAGAUAGCUGAGCAAGAGAUGCCCGGAAUAAUGGCUCUUCGUAAACGUGCUUCCGACGACAAACCCUUGAAAAACGCCAAAAUUGUCGGUUGCACUCACAUAAAUGCCCAGACAGCAGUAUUAAUUGAGACGUUGGCAGCCUUGGGAGCGACAAUUCGAUGGGCAGCUUGCAACAUUUAUUCCACGCAGAACGAGGUUGCGGCGGCACUUGCGGAAGCGGGAUUCUCCGUGUUUGCAUGGCGCGGCGAAAUUGAGGAAGAUUUUUGGUGGUGCAUCGACAAAUGCGUCAAUUCGGAGAACUGGCAACCGAACAUGAUUCUCGAUGAUGGCGGCGAUGCGACGCAUUUGAUGCUGAAAAAGUAUCCGGCAAUGUUUAAGAUGAUCAAGGGAAUUGUGGAGGAAAGUGUUACGGGAGUGCAUCGUUUGUACCAGUUGUCGAAGACGGGCAAACUGACGAUUCCCGCAAUGAAUGUCAAUGAUUCCGUAACAAAGACAAAGUUUGAUAAUUUGUACAGUUGUAAAGAGUCCGUUAUUGACAGUUUAAAACGAUCAACGGACAUAAUGUUCGGCGGAAAGCAAGCCGUAGUUUGUGGUUACGGCGAAGUCGGCAAAGGAUGCACUCAAGCACUGAAAGGCCUUGGUUGUAUCUGUUACGUUACCGAAAUUGACCCGAUCUGCGCAUUACAAGCCAGCAUGGAUGGCUUCCGUGUGGUAAAAUUGAACGAAGUUAUUCGCAACGUCGACAUUGUCAUCACCUGUACGGGCAACAAAAAUGUCGUGGUGCGCGAACACAUGGACAAAAUGAAGAGCGGUUGCAUCGUGUGCAACAUGGGACACUCGAAUACGGAAAUCGAUGUCAAUAGUUUGCGUACGCCGGAUCUCACGUGGGAAAAGGUCCGUUCGCAGGUCGACCAUAUUGUGUGGCCCGACAACAAACGCAUCAUUUUGCUCGCCGAAGGACGUUUAGUCAAUUUGUCGUGUUCCAGUAUACCGAGCUUCGUUGUUUCCAUCACAUCUGCCACGCAGGCAUUGGCACUAAUUGAACUUUUUAAUGCGCCACCUGGUCGCUACAAGUCCGACGUUUAUUUGUUGCCAAAGAAAAUGGACGAAUACGUCGCUAGCUUGCAUUUACCUACAUUCGAUGCGCAUCUCACAGAGUUGUCCGACGAACAAGCCAAGUACAUGGGACUGAAUAAAGCUGGACCAUUCAAGCCCAAUUACUAUCGGUACUAAAAAUGACGCCAGAAGCAAAUUUUUGAUGAGGAUGAAGAAAAAAAAUUAUUAUAGGACAUAAAAUUAAAACAAAAAAAAAUUAAAAUUUAGCAUUAUUUUGCGAAGUAGGAAAAAAAGUAACACAGGUCGCUGCAAACUUUUUAGUAUUUAGUGCGAGUCACUCGUUAAAAAAUAUUUACAGGAAAAAAUUCCAAAGUAUUCACAUUUAUUAUAAAAAAAAAAUUAUAUCACAAAAAUUCGUCGUCACAUAUCUACUAAAGAAAAAAUAGAGCAUAUUGCUUCCAACCGCCCUGUGUCCUCACAAAAAAAAAAAAAAUCCAUCGAAUGACGACGCUUCAUGCAUUCUUCUUCUUUAACUUCAUCGGAUCAGAUCAAAACAUUUAACUGUUAAAUUAAUUAUAUUUUUAUUGUAUUUAAACUUCUUUACCAUUUAUUUUAUCGUCAUUGCUUAGAAAAUGAAGAAAUAUAUUAAGAAAAAAAAUUAGAUCAAUUAUAAUUAAUUAAUUAAAGAAAAUAUUAAAUAAAUAUAAAUUAAAUGAAAUAAACAAAAAAAAGAGUAGAGAACCACCAUCACGGAGCAUGUAUAAAAAAGCCGAAUCAAAAUAUAGUUGAUGUAAAUGUUGAAAGUUACUUUUUUUGCAACAAAAAUUUUACACAACAACCAAACGUUAUAUUAUUAUAUUGUAAACACGAGAAUGAGGUUGCUGGUAAAUUAUUAUUGCAAAUUAUUAUUUUUUUGAAUAAAGUUCGAUUAUAUAGUUAAUUAAA